GCGCACCAAUACUGUACCUGUUUGGAGCUCGGUACUGUUACAGUACUCCGGAUUGGUCUGAGCAAAGUGAAAACAGCACCAAAGAACACAAGGAAACUUUGUUUGGGGGCAGUAUAGAGUGACAGCUUUACAAAAAAAAAAAAAAAAAAAAAAAAAAAAAACUGAAAAGAAGAAGGGAAAUUUGUUCUGAUCACGCCAUUACUAUUCACUGUGUAACAGGAAGCUUUUCCCGAAUCCUUUUCAAGGGUUCUUUGGGUUUCUGGGUGUCUCGGAUCGUUCUUCAUUUGUUUUAGCAUUCGCAUUUGCCAGUUCCGCUGAGGUGGUUGAAUGUCGACUAAAUGCAUUGUCUGGGGAUUUUACUUGUCUGUUUGUUUGAUCGCAUUUCUUUGAAAAUUGCAUGCAGUGAAAAGAAACUUCACUAGCUACACUAACUUGACAGAAGAGUAUGUUGGCCACCGGAGGGAUCUACGCUGUCAAAAAACGAAAGAAGCCGAUACAGAAAAUCCCAAAGCCCCUGCCCACAGAUGGAAUCAAAUCGAACCCGUCUAAGCGACAUCGGGACAGGCUGAACUCUGAGCUGGACAAGCUGACCAGCCUGCUGCCUUUCUCGGAGGAUGUGCGCGCCCGCCUCGACAAGCUGUCUGUGCUGCGGCUCAGUGUGGGCUAUCUCAAAGUCAAGAGCUACUUCAAUGCCACCAUGAAGAAGAACAAUGUGGGCUGGCUCAGGGAGAAGCCAGGGACUUUCGGAGGGAACGGACAGAGCGCGCCUCAGACUAACGGAGCCAGCUUCUCUGAAGGAGACCUCCUGCUCCAGGCUCUGAAUGGCUUUGUCCUGGUAGUCACAGCAGAAGGAUACGUUUUCUAUUCGUCACCUACCAUACAGGACUAUCUUGGCUUUCACCAGUCUGACGUGGUCCAUCAGAGUGUGUUUGAGCUGAUCCAUACAGACGACCGGGCUAUGUUCCGGCGCCAGCUUCAUUUUGCCCUCAAUCCCAACCCAUUUGAAUCAGAGCAGGGCACGGAACUCAUGCAACGUGGCAGCAAUAGCACCGGGCUUUCCAACAUUGUGAACUAUGACCCCCAACUCAUUCCGCCUGAGAACUCGUCCUUCCUGGAGAGAAGCUUCUGCUGCCGCUUCCGCUGUCUCCUUGACAACUCUUCUGGCUUUCUGGCACUCAAUUUCCAAGGCCGGUUGAAGUUUCUCCAUGGGCAGAACAAGCUGUCGGAGGAUGGCACCCUGGUCCCCUCUCAGCUCGCUUUGUUUGCCAUUGGCACGCCCCUCCAGCCUCCUUCCAUCCUGGAGAUCAGGACCAAGACCCUCAUUUUCCAGACAAAGCACAAGCUGGACUUCACACCUAUGGGAUGCGACACAAGAGGGAAGGUGGUCCUGGGUUACACAGACACUGAGCUCUGCAUGAGAGGCACCGGGUAUCAGUUUAUUCACGCAGCCGAUAUGAUGCACUGUGCAGACAACCAUGUCAGAAUGAUUAAAACAGGAGAAAGCGGCCUCACAGUAUUCAGACUACUGACCAAGAGUGGAAGCUGGGUUUGGGUCCAGGCAAAUGCUCGCCUUAUUUAUAAGGGAGGAAGGCCAGAUUUCAUCGUUGCCCGACAAAGAGCCUUGACAAACGAAGAAGGGGAGGAGCACUUGCGUCAGCGGACACUGCAGCUUCCCUUCCAUUUCGCCACUGGAGAGGCGGUCCUUUACGAAACCGGUUCUACUGGGGAUUUCUCUAAUGUCUUUCCAGCCAUAAGCAAGAAGGGCGCCGAACCGAAGAGCAUCGACCCCAACUCUCUUCUGGGCGCCAUGCUGAAGCAAGACCAGGCCAUCUACGUGUCACAUGCGGCCUCCGAGCCCCAGUACUCCCUCGAUAAAGCCAUGGAUGACACCAUGAUAGUGAAUGUCCUGGGUGACCCGUGGAUUCCAGGAAGCCACAGACAGAAUGCAAACAUCAAGCAGGAAAGUGAGACUUUGGCCAUGAUGGACGUUUUGGAGAAGCUUUUCAAUGGAAAUGACCUCCAAGGUGUUGAUGGGCUGGAGCUAAAGCACUGGGAGGAAACCUUGCUCAAGAUGGAUAUCAACAACAGUGAAAUGUCCAUAGAGCUCAAUGAUAUCCUUAAUAACGACAUCUUCUCCUAUGUUGAGGAUGCCUUGUUCAAAGAGCAAUGCAAACCCAAGAACAACGGCAAAGAGAACGGUCAGUCUUCUAUCAACUCCCUGGCCAGCCAGAUGGAUUCCAUGGGAGUUGUUCAGCCAGAUUUAUUUGAAGGCCAACUUCUGAAUGGCUUUAUUGCCCAGUUUGGCAAUCAAACUUGCUCACAGCUGUCGCAAGGUCGAACCCUAGAGGACUUCCAGGAGCCGCCCUUGCAAUCCUUUCAGGCCACCCAGAUGGAUCUAAACCAGCAGUUGGUAUCAGCCCAUCAGAUAAGCACCCAGCCUAACCAAGUUGGAAUGGGUAAGCCCAAUCUGGCAGGCUUCCAAGGCUUUCUGCAGGCUGGUCCUCAAAACCACAUAGGACUGAAUGUCUCAAACGAUAUACAGCCCAGGCUUCAACAGCAGUCGUCUGCCAAUCUGAACACCCCAAAUUCCUUCAUUCACUUCAGCUCCCAAGACAACAUUGAGCUCAAUGUUAACAAUCAGCUGCAGUUUGACCGGACGCUGACUGGACCCUGUACACAGAACCACAUGGGACACAGCUUGCAGGAGAGCACAGUUAGCUCCCGGGGCUUGUCUAACCAUGGGCAACCACAGAUACUCCAGAAUAACGUGGGCAGCUUCUCUCAAAAUCAAAUAAGACCAAACCCUCAGGCCAACAUGAGCCAGCCCAACCCACUGACUCUCCAAAGCCCACUUCAGAAGUCCCAGCUGAUGUCAGCACAGCAGCUACUGAAUCCUAUUGCUUCUACCGAGGAUAGUCAAUGGGUUACUUCCGUAUCCAACACUAACUACACCCAGAACCUUCAGCAGGUGCCCCAGAACCCUUUGAUGAUGAACCAACUACCAAAACAGCACCACCAUCCAGCAGAUCUAGUGCAGAAAAUGCAACAGUUGCAACCACAAACGGUGAUCCAAAAUGGACAGCUGUACCCCACCGAGCCACAACAGGAAAGACAAGUGGGUGUUCACCCUACAGUGUCUUAUAGCCAAACCCAAGGACUUCAAAGCAUCCCCCAAAUAAGUUCUCUGUUGGCUGGGAGCAAUCCGUUUCAACAAUGUGGGUUGGGAUUCGGAGCCCAACAAAUAAGCAAGGUCUAUCAGACCCCUGUGGGGUCAGCAGGCCUCCCUUCGACAAGCAGCUGCAUGUUUGAGAACAAUUCCUCUCCCCCGAUGAAAAAGGUGCAGUUCAGCAGCAUGGAACACUCUACCCCUUCUUGCCGUAACAUAAAGCCGUCCCCCAACCAAAGCCCCCUCCAGGCAUCUUGCUACUACCAGACAAAGCCUAGCGAACCCAUAGCGGGCACUACAGUCAUUGCUCAGGAAGACAUCAGCAUCAGCCCUCCAUCAUGCCAGUUCCAGCCUGGCUUUCCUCCUGUGAUUCUCCUGGAGCAGUGCUUUAUAAACUGCAAUGGGCAGACUCCGCAACCAGGCCAUCCAAUGGAAGAAAAUGGAGAGUUACCCUAUACUGCACUUCCUAACGGAAACACAUAUUUUCCAAAUCAUUCUGGACAAGCCAACUGCUGUGAUUAUUAGAUGGGUAUCACUGUAUUUUAGAACACAAAAAAUAACAACAACAAAAAACAGCAGCACACAGCCAUCUGAAAUCGACAGUUGCCUUAUGAAAUUAUUAUUAUUAUUGGUUGUUUUCCUUUUUGAUGUGGACAGAAAGAUUUCUCUUUUUUGGGGGGACAAAAUUCUGCUAAAUCCAAAAGGGAUACUUAGAUGUCAUUUCCAAGUAUUUGAAAGGAGUCCAGCAUGUUGAUUUUGUUAUAGUCUAAAGUUUUUGGUGUAAGAAAAGCCAUCUGAAGAAAACAAAUCUUUUGUCAAUGUGGCUGGAUGAACUAAUGCUGGCGUGACCUUGGUGAUGUUCAUACUCAAAACGGACUGGAUUAAUUCUAUAAUCUCAUUCUGCUGAAUGAAAACAGCUUCGCGUAGGGUAUGUAUUCGUCUCAGCGUUCUGUAAAACCUAUGGUAGGGUCAAAAUACCCUAGCAAUAACAAAGGGUUCAAACACCAGAAUGACCUUUAUUGCAGAAAAGUUUGGAGGAAACCCAAAAACAGGAUUUCAUGUGAAUGUAGCCCCUGUUCCCAUAUAGCUAAUCAUAUUAAUCUCAAUGCUAUUAUAACUGUAUCCUGUGGGUUCUUCAUCUUGAUUUGUUUAUACAAAAAAGCACACCCUAUUUAUGCAUUUUGUAUGCAUUUUAUUGAAAUUAUUAACCUGUGCCCUUGAGCCAUAGAAACUCUAUUGUAUGGUAUUUUCUUCUUGUUGUGUGAGUGAGCGUGUGUUUUUGUGUACGUGCUCUCAGUAAAGAAGGAGGCACCCCGACCAAACAUUAAAAAUGCAAAACCCCUUGGAUUCAAAGACCAGGGAAAAUCAUGUUUUCUUUAAAAAAAAAAAAAUGCAAUUUUUCUUUUAAACUUUAAAGAGCAAUGCGUCCAAUUUAGUGAUGCUUUUAGCUUUGCAUUUUUAAAAUCUUGAUUAUGAAAGAAUGUGAAUUUUUAAAUAUCAUAUUUUUCUAGCUGUGGAACUGACAUUAUCUAACAAAACACAGCUUCUGUAGAAGGUCGGGCUGUUUGUUUCCUGGCUGCUGGAAUCAUGGGAAGGUGAUUGGAUGGGAGUUGCAAAGAAUGCUGGACAAUGAAGUUCUCAUUUCCCUUUGAAAGAAGCAAGCAAUUGAUUAUUGUGUAUUGUUUUUGAGGAGAUGAGUUUAAUGCAGGUUACAACAGAUUUAUGUAUUUAUUUAUUGCAUUUAUAUUGUGCUUUUUAUACAAAAGUAGCUCAAAGCACUGUACAGUACAUAG